AGCUCUUGUUUAAUGGAGCAUGCAUUAUCCUAUUUACAUAUAGAUCAGAGUACCUGGGGGCUAGGCGCUGUAUAUAGUGUACGCAGGGAGAAGGCUUUGGUUGGCUUACAAUGCAUGUUAUUGCUUUAGGGAGUAUUCAGAGUUGUGCAAAUUCACCUGAAGAUAUGUCUGUACUCAAGCUAUAAGAUUAGUACUCUCUAAUUACAUUUAAAUUAGGUGUUCCGUUGCAUUUUCAGUAAUUAUGAGCAUCUUUUAGAGACUGCGUUUGUCAUGUGCUUCUUUAGCUGCAGUCAUAGGGAAUGUUGUUGGUUUCGUACCACAUCAAAAAUAAGAGUUGCAUUCCUUGUAUAUGCUACGUACUCACAACAAUUUAUGCACUGUCUGCCUGCAUUCAUGAUUAUGUCUGUGCAUUGUCUGUAUAUAAGGACAGGACUUGGAGACAUGCAGUCCAAGCAAAGAGUUAGUUGCUGAAGUCCAAGCAAAGAUGAGAAUGUACUCAAGUGUUUCUGUUCUACUUGUUCUGGUUGCCAUGGCUAGUGCCUAUGCAGGGGGUCCCUCCACUGGGGUGAGUGAACAUCGUGAUGUGCACCGAAGACUUGAUGGAGAUGCAGAGUACAGGACAAUUAGAUCAGCCAGCGACCAAAGCUCUGAGGAUACCGACCAAAGCUCUGAGGAUACCGACCAAAGCUCUGAGGAUAGUGACCAAAGCUCUGAGGAUAGUGACCAAAGCUCUGAGGAUACCAACCACAAUAACGGGCAAGGUACCAACCAAAAUAACGGUCAAUGCUCCAACCGAAAUAAUGGUCAAGGCUCCUCCAACCAAAAUAAUGGUCAGAGCUCCAACCCAAAUAAUUGCCAAAGCUCUGAGGAUAGUGACCAAAGUUCAGAAGCGGCUACCACGAUGGCCCCCACCACUGAGGAAGCUACUACGAUAGCCGCGUCUACAGAAGAAGCUACCACGAUGGCCCCCACCACUGAAGAAGCUACUGAAGAAGCUACCACUGAAGAAGCUACCACGAUGGCCCCCACCACUGAGGAAGCUACCACGAUGGCCCCCACUACUGAAGAAGCUACAGAAGAAGCUACCACGAUGUCCCCCACCACUGAAGAAGCUACUGAAGAAGCUACUACGAUGGCCGCCACCACUGAAGAAGCUACCACGAUGUCCCCUACCACUGAAGAAGCUACCACAAUGGCCCCCACCACUGAAGAAGCUACCACAAUGGCCCCCACCACUGAAGAAGCUACUGAAGAAGCUACCACAAUGGCCCCCACCACUGAAGAAGCUACUGAAGAAGCUACUACGAUGGCCGCCACCACUGAAGAAGCUACUGAAGAAGCUACCACAAUGGCCCCCACCACUGAAGAAGCUACUGAAGAAGCUACUACGAUGGCCGCCACCACUGAAGAAGCUACUGAAGAAGCUACUACGAUGGCCGCCACCACUGAAGAAGCUACCACGAUGUCCCCUACCACUGAAGAAGCUACUACGAUGGCCCCCACCACUGAAGAAGCUACCACGAUGGCCGCCACCACUGAAGAAGCUAUCACGAUGGCCCCCACCACUGAAGAAGCUACCACGAUGACCCCCACCACUGAAGAAGCUACUACGAUGGCCGCCACUACUGAAGAAGCUACUACGAUAGCCGCGUCUACAGAAGAAGCUACUACGAUGGCCCCCACCACUGAGGAAGCUACUACGAUAGCCGCGUCUACAGAAGAAGCUACUACGAUGGCCGCCACCACUGAAGAAGCUACCACGAUGACCCCCACCACUGAAGAAGCUACCACGAUGGCCGCCACCACUGAAGAAGCUACCACGAUGGCCCCCACCACUGAGGAAGCUACUACGAUAGCCGCAUCUACAGAAGAAGCUACUACGAUGGCCGCCACUACUGAAGAAGCUACUACCAUGGCCCCCACCGCUGAAGAAGCUACUACGAUGGCCCCCACCACUGAAGAAGCUACCACUGAAGAAGCUACCACGAUGGCCCCCACCACUGAAGAAGCUACCACUGAAGAAGCUACCACGAUGGCCCCCACCACUGAAGAAGCUACCACAAUGGCCCCCACCACUGAAGAAGCUACCACAAUGGCCCCCAUCACUGAAGAAGCUACUACGAUAGCCGCGUCUACAGAAGAAGCUACCACCAUGGCCCCCACCACUGAAGAAGCUACUACGAUAGCCGCGUCUACAGAAGAAGCUACCACUGAAGAAGCUACCACGAUGGCCCCCACCACUGAAGAAGCUACCACUGAAGAAGCUACUACGAUGUCCCCCACCACUGAAGAAGCUACCACCAUGGCCCCCACCACUGAAGAAGCUACUACGAUGGCCCCCACCACUGAAGAAGCUACUACGAUGGCCGCGUCUACAGAAGAAGCUACCACGAUGGCCGUCUCUACAGCUACAAAUGAAGCAGGCACAGCAGUUGCUACUACUAGGGUAUCCGUGGGUACAGAGGCAGCUGACCCUGUCUCAGCCAUGCUAGAGCUGGUGAAGGAAGAGGACAUGAGGACAGCUAUGCAGAUACUGGAGGAGAUCAUCACCAGGGUGUUGUCAGGACCCCCCUUGACACUGGACCCUGAGGCCAUGCUGAGAGCACUGGCAAGGCUUCUACAGAACACCAAGAAGCUACCAGCAGCAGAGAGAGUGGAAGUGGCGUCCGAGAUUUUAAUAUGCUUGGAUCGCCUUGCUCUCCUCGCUUUCAACGUCUCUUUUGUGGAUGUUGGUUUUAUCAAGAUGAAUGUGUCUGAAGCUACCUUUGUGGGUGACCUUGUUGCAAUGGCAGUCAAUGGCAGUUCUAUCAUUCUAGAUGGUCAAGAGUUACAGAGACUAACUGGAACUACCUCCGGAAAGAUUGCUUCCUUUUACUUGACUGACAUGACUGAUAUUCUGGACGAUAAUGACACGCUGAGUGGGUACAGUAUUGAUGGUCCUGUGCUCUCCACAGCUGUCCUCUGUGGGGAGGAGGUGUGUAACACACGGGGCUUACAGUCUCAAGUCAAGAUUACCCUCAGAGCCAAUCCUGAUGAGAAGGAACAAGUGUGCAGGUUCUGGAAGACUGACUCGAUGAGGUGGUCUGGUGAUGGAUGUGCAGUUGACCAUGACCAGUCAACAGACACUCUCACUGUGUGCACAUGUACCCAUCCCUCCCACAUUGCCGUCCUACUGACCCCCCAUGGAGAUGAUGCUAGUGUACACUUUGACCUCGUCAGCUAUACUGCUGUGGCCAUAUCUCUGGUUGCUAUGACUCUCACGGUGCUCAUCCACACAUGCAUCAGGUCGCUCUGGUCACCACGGAGCUACGUUCAUGUACAGCUGUGUCUGUCUCUGAUAGCCUAUCAACUCGUAUUUGUCACAGCUAUUGACAAAACACACAAUCAGAUAUUUUGCUCUGCAGUUGCUGUAGCCUUGCAAUACUUGUACAUGGCGGCCUUCCUGUGGUUGUUAAUGGAGGGGGUGGUGCUCUGUGUGGGUGUGAUCAAGACUAGCCGCAAGAAAAAGUAUUGUACAAUUCUAACCUUCACCAUCCUCAGCUACGGUCUGCCUGCCCUGUACUUGUCACUAGCCCUCGCCCUCAGGCACUUGCUGACUGGCUCAUGGCUCUAUACUAGAGAUGCUAGGUGCUGGCUGGGUUAUGGUGGUGGGUUUAUGUGGGUCUCCAUUUCCCCAGUCCUUCUCAUUGUCAUGGGGAACAUUGUGGUGUUGUUGGUGGCCAUGGCUAUGCUGUAUAGACACUCCAAGAGGAGGGAGAUAAAGUCAGAAGUAUACUGGCUGAAGUGUUUUGCUGCGCUGGUAGUGGUGAUGGGCCUCUGCUGGUCUGUGGGUACUGUGCUCCAGGACCUAUCCUCCACUCCACUUCUCCAGGCAUCCACUCUCUGCAUGGCUUUCCAGGGUCUUGCCGUGUUCUCAAUGUUGGUCCUCUUCCCAGACCAGGUACGACGCGAUACCUUUGUGAAUGGUUCUACUCCACACUCUGACACACCUCCACAUCAGAGUGACCCUUUGGGAGUCCGCAUAGACCAGCUCAUGCAUAGCACAUCAGGAUCACAGCGAUACAGCAAGUCACCAACCAAUCAACAAUCUGGUCCCCUAGUGUUCCCAAACCCCGCCUAUGCCACCCCCCACAAUGCUGUGUACAAGAGUCUGGACCCCACAGCUGUUAGCGUGGAGAAAGGAGAAGAUAUCAACAUUUAUGACAACUAACAAACUAGCUAUAAUGGCAUUUUUCAGAGAACUUCAUAUAAUUAUACUGUUGUAGUUUUCAUUAUGUUACAUACGUGUACGUGAAUUCAACAAGUUAGCCAUGCAUGUGAAUUG